AUUGGAGAGGCCGGGAAAAUAUUGGGGAGUGGAGAACACAGACGACUGGUAACGUUGUAGAAAAAGACACCAAGAAUUGGAUCAACUUUGGGGAGAACGGAGAAGAAAAGUGGUGGAGGCCUGAUCUGCCCCUGCCUCCUUCAACCCCUCCCACUGCCAGAUUUGUGAGCCUUUGUUGGCAUCCUGUCUGAGGGGAAAUCAAGGAGGAACAUUUCUACACAUGAAGAGCUGAAGUCUCCAUUUAGGAAACUAGUUCAAACUGAAUAUCUGGAAAAUAGUUUUUAUUGAUUUGUUUUUGACUUGAAGAGCUGUACUCUGGGGAACAUAUCAGCUGUGACCUACUUACUCUACUUUUUGGACUAGUGGAGUUACAACAUGGCGAAGAAAAACAGCCAGAAGGAUACUUCUGGUAUGGUGUUCGACACUAACUUGAAAAUGGUUAUGUCCCAGGGAGGGACGUUUGAGAGAAUGAAGGAGAAGGUAAGGACUGAAAAGGAUCAUACGCCAAAAGAUUUCUCUCUAGGUUUGACUACAUUCCAAUUGCAUUGAUUUGAAUACAAUUCCAGUUUUGCUAGUAGGGGCCUCUUUUAUAUCUGUUGUGUAAAUUUCACAGUAAAAAAAAAAAUAUGUACAUCUAAAAAUAUUGAGAUUUAUAAACUUGCCGCAUGCCAUACACAUGCAUGUUUUCCAUUAUAAAGCCGAUCCCCGUCCUAAAACUUGGUGUGUAUGAACUAGGAUUAUAACCUCGCCUGGAAAAUGCCAUCAUUCACUAUGGUGACAAUAACACCCUUUAUUUGUUACCGUAAUUUCCGGACUAUAAGCCGGUACUUUUUUCCCACGCUUUGAAUCUCGCGGCUUAAACAAUGACGUGGCUAAUAUAUGGAUUUUUCCCGCUUUC